AUGUACGGUGAACUUCACGGAAGCUACAGAGACUUGAGUCGGCAUGCCUGGAGGAGAGCAAGUAUGGAAGGUGGUGCAUGGAACAGGCUCGUAGAACCCGGAGGGAUUGUCUGUGGGGCCGGAGGGUCCGCUGGUGGAGGAGGAGGGGAAGUGGAUUUGAUCGGGGCCGGCAGCAGCGAGGAUACUACAGGCGUAGGAUCGGUCGGCGGUGGAUCAUCCGACGGAGGUGGUGGGCUUCAGAGUGGUGGUGGGAGAGGAGGUUUGAAGUCCAAUGGAGUUGGGGGAGGAGAUGACAUGAUCGAAGACGCUGGAUUCACAUAA